CCCUAACACUUUUUGUACACUCCCACACUUCACUAUAGUCUAUAGCUUCAACUAAUACUCUCACUCUCAGUUUCUUUCUCCUUCUCUCCAAUGGCAACUUUCUGCAAAUCCUCCAUCUUUCUCUUUUUGUCAUUGUUUCUUCUGAGUUCUGCUUUAGAUGAAGCUGAUAUUCUUGUAACAUUUAAGAACUCCAUUAAUGACCCUUUAAACCUUCUUUCAAGCUGGUCUAAUACCACAACUAUUCACCACUGUAACUGGACUGGUAUCACUUGUACAUCUUCCAUCUCUACUAUUAACCUCCAAAGUUUCAAUCUUUCUGGUGAAAUCUCACCUUCUAUAUGUCAACUACCCAAUCUUGCUCAUCUCAACCUUGCAAAUAACUUCUUUAACCAGCCUAUACCUCUACAUCUCUCACACUGUAAUUCUUUAGAAAUUCUGAAUCUUAGCAACAAUCUCAUUUGGGGUACUAUUCCUGAACAGAUUUCUGAGUUUGGUUCACUCAAAGUUGUUGAUUUUAGUAGAAACCAUCUUGAAGGAAGAAUCCCAGAAAGCAUAGGGUUAUUAAAUGAGCUUAAAGUUAUUAAUUUUGGUAGUAAUUUGCUCUCAGGUGAAGUUCCAAUGGUUUUUGGUAACUUCACUGAGCUUUUGGUUCUUGAUUUGUCUCAAAAUCCAUUCUUGGCAAGUGAGAUUCCUGUAGAUAUUUCUAAACUUAGUAAGCUUCAGAAGCUUUUGUUGCAAAGUUCUGGUUUUUAUGGUGAAAUACCAAACUUCUUUGAGGGUUUAAAAAGUUUGGUCAUUUUGGACUUAUCACAGAACAAUAUUACUGGUAUUUUACCUCAAGUUGGUUUUUUUCUACCAAAUUUGGUUUCUUUUGAUGUUUCACAAAACAAGAUUUCUGGGGCAUUUCCAAAUGGUAUAUGUGAAGCAAAAGGUCUUGUUGAUCUUGGUUUACAUACUAACUUGUUUAAUGGUUCAAUACCUAAUGAUUCCAUUAAUGAGUGCAUGAAUCUUGAAAGUUUUCAAGUUCAGAACAAUUUGUUCUCUGGGAAUUUCCCUUCAUGGUUAUGGUCAUUGCCUAAAAUCAAGCUAAUUAGAGCUGAAAACAACAGGUUUUUAGGUGAAAUUCCUGAUUCAAUAUCACAGGCUGUUCAGUUGGAGCAAGUUCAGAUUGAUAAUAAUAGCUUUACUAGUAAAAUUCCACAAGGUCUUGGGCUGAUUAGAAACUUGUACAGAUUUUCUGCAUCUCUAAAUGGUUUGUAUGGUGAGCUUCCUCCAAAUUUCUGUGAUUCACCAGUAAUGAGUAUCAUAAAUCUGUCACAUAAUUACCUUUCUGGCAAAAUUCCUGAACUGAAAAAGUGUAAAAAAUUAGUCUCAUUGUCACUGGCUGAUAACAAUUUAAUUGGUGAAAUACCAAAAUCCCUUGGUGCAUUGCCUGUUUUAACAUAUCUUGAUCUUUCUCACAAUAAUCUCACUGGUGAAAUACCAGAAGAGCUUCAGAACUUGAAGCUUGCUUUAUUUAAUGUCUCCUUUAAUCGACUAUCCGGUAAAGUUCCAGCUUCAUUGCUUUCUGGCCUUCCGGCUUCGUUCUUGCAAGGAAAUCCUGACCUCUGUGGUCCAGGAUUGUCCAAUUCUUGCUCAGAAGCAAAGGCUACGCGAAAGGGUGUUAAUCUUUCAAAAUUGGCCUCUGCCUUAAUUUCAGUUACUUUAGUUCUUGCAAUUUUGAUUAUUGGUGUUGGAUUUUACACGAUAAGGCGGUCUAGGAAACAAAGAUCUGAAAUGGAUGGUUGGAGAUCAGUUUUCUUUUACCCUUUGAGAGUUACUGAGAAUGAUCUUAUGAUGUCAAUGACUGAGAAGAAUGCUAGAGGAAAUGGAGGGACAUUUGGAAGAGUUUAUAUUAUGAACUUACCGAGUGGCGAGCUAAUUGCUGUGAAGAAGUUAAUGAAUUUUGGGACACAGUCUUCAAAAUCUUUGAAAACUGAGAUUAAGACAUUAGCUAAGAUCAGGCAUAAGAACAUCACAAAGAUUCUUGGAUUUUGCUAUUCGAAUGAUGCCAUAUUCUUGAUUUAUGAAUAUCUAGCAAGAGGAAGCUUAGGGGAUUUGAUUGGGAAAUCUGAUUUUCAAUUACAAUGGAGUGUUAGGUUGAAGAUUGCUGUUGGAGUUGCUCAAGGAUUAGCAUAUCUUCAUAAAGAUUACCUUCCUCAUUUACUUCAUCGAAACUUGAAAUCGACUAAUAUCCUACUCGAUGCUGAUUAUGAACCAAAGAUCACAGAUUUUGCUCUAGAUCGAAUAGUUGGAGAAGCUGCAUUUAAGUCAUCUCUGGCUUCUGAUGCUUCAUCUUCCUGUUAUUUGGCACCAGAAUAUGGUUACACAAAAAGGAGUAGUGAGCAAAUGGACACAUAUAGUUUUGGUGUGAUCCUACUAGAGCUUAUAACAGGUAGGCAAGCAGAAGAAACAGAAUGUGGAGAGGGCUCUCUUGAUGUGGUAAAGUGGGUAAGGAGGAAAAUCAACAUUACCAAUGGAGCAUUACAAGUUCUUGAUCCCAAAAUUUCAAGUGCUUCUCAACAUGAAAUGCUUGGAGCUCUCGAGAUUGCUAUACGUUGCACGACUGUAAUGCCAGAGAAACGACCCUCAAUGUUCGAAGUUUUGAGGGUGUUGCAGUGUCUGGAUUCAAGAUCCAAGCUAACAUAUCGAGAGGAACAAUCCAUUUCCAGCUAUAGUUCAGUUCCUCUCUGAACUUUCAACAAAUUCCCAUGAUUUUGUGAAUUCUACUUCAAUACUACAAUGCCUGUUUUGAAAUCCUUACUAGAUUGUGGGAUGUGCUUGGAAAUUCUAUUUUUUUUUAACUCUACAGUUUGUUACUUUUGUUCUAAUCAAACAUAAUACAAGGUCUUUAACCCUGUCUAUGUUGUCCAUUUCUGUAUAUUAUCUUAAGCAUAAUUCCCCCCA